AAUGGAGAUAUUCUGCCAAUGUCCUGAUGGUUGGGAGCUAUACGAAAUAAAUAAUAAAGCUUAUUGCAUUGGAGCUGAUUCUUCAACUAAUGGUUUCAGUUGGGUUGAAGCAAAAGCUUGCUGUGAGGGUGCUGGAGCUAUAAUGGUAAAAGUAGAGCAAGAUGACAUGAACAAGUUUGUAGGAGAUGUUAUUGAAAAACUUCCUGAUUCCAAUUUUGUUUCUGGUUUCUGGUUAGGAAUUAAAUGGUUUAGUGAUGAACCCAAUGACGUGCCCUACUUGAGGAAUCGCUACUUUGAUAGAACAAUGUUAACGUUUCAAAAUUAUAAAAAUGGGAUACCAAAUGUCGAUAAUUGUGCUUCGAUCAGUCCUUCAGAUGCAAAGUGGUCCAAAAGAACAGACUGUUACGAAUCAAAUGGAGUUGUAUGUCAACAAGCCCAGAAUUUAAUGGACGACAAUAAGGCGAAGAAUUUUAAUUGUGGUAAUAUGCAGCUAAAUAUAGCUACAACUGCUGAAAUAACCUCUCCUGAACCUACAACGACCAAAUCAACUACUGAAAUGACGACUGCUACUAGCACAAAAGUACAAGAGACAACUGAAAUUACAACACCUGAUUUUACAUCUGCAGCAACAACAGCAAUCACAAAUGGUACAAUGUUACGAUUAACAUCUACCAUACAAAAUGAAGAAGUUACAUUAAUUCUCUCUCGUAUGAAACAACAGAAUAUUAACAUUUCAGUUGUGUGGAUUGGAUUAAAACAGAAAAACCCUCUUUUAUUAACUAACGAUGAUGAUGAAAUUGAGACAGGGUUCCUUAACUUUGCAAUAUCUAAUCUAUUAUAUACACCUAGUUGCGUCGGUUUGUCGAUGAAGCCUGAUUCCUCAUAUGGUAAAUGGAUAACUGUACCAAGCUGUGAAACUCCAUUUCCAGUAGUGUGCCAAAAGAAGGUUUCUAAAGGCCUAAGUAGAGCGAAACCCGUUGGUUAG